GUAUCCGUGAUCGUUUCGUAGAGUUAACAACUAACUCCACAAAAGAAAAAUUUAACGUAAAAAAAUUGCCAUACUUGCACUAGCCCCUAUUUCGACUGGUUAUCAUUUCCAAUUUAUUGGAAACUAAAUUUUACGAACGAUAAAUUCUUAGUUUGUUUUCUCGAUUUCGGAACAACAUUUUUUUUUUUGAAGGGUACUUUACGUGUGAAGAAAAAGUACUGGGACAAUGUUCGGUAAAUCGCGCCAGUUACUCUUCCGCAUCUGCACUCGUUCGCCGGUGUGCCGCCAAUAUGCCCCGAAGUUCAUCAAGCGAUCCUACGCCUCGCAGGCGGUCAACCAGAUGCUGCUGCUCCAGCAGAUGGACAUCUGUGCGGAUCAGCCGUCGCGAGCCUUGGUCAUUGGCGUCUAUGCGGAUGAGGAGGACAAGAACGAUGCCGGCAUUCUGACACCCGCCGGCUGGCGGUAUAAUCUUCAGAAGACAAAUGGUCGUCUGAUAGAGGUGCUCCGGAUGUCGGGACCCAUGCCCAAGAGGGGCGAAGCACGUCUGCUGUUCGCCGUCGAGCCGGAGCGCAUUCCAUAUUAUUCAGUGGUGGCUGUCGUUGGUCUGGGCAAGGAGUGCUUGGGCUAUAAUCCCUAUGAGGUCCUGGACGAACAGAAGGAGGCCAUCCGCAGGUCGGUGGCCGCCGCGUGCAGGAUUCUCGCCGAGCUGGAUACCGAUCGUAUUGAGGUGGAAAACUGCGGACACGCCGAGUCGGCUGCCGAAGGAGCCGCCUUGGGUAUCUGGUUGUACCAGGAACUGCGCGAUCCCAAGACCCGAAUCUUUGUACCGGCCAUCGAUUUGUACGCCACCAAGGACGAAGUUUGCGACAUAGAAGGAUGGCGCAUUGGGCUGCAAAAGGCUGCCGCGCAGAACCUGACCCGCCAGCUGCAGGAGAUGCCCUCCAACCUUUUGACCCCCACUGCCUUUGCCCAGAAUGUCGUCGAGGUGCUCUGUAAGUCCGGUGUCAACGUGGAGGUCAAAGUCGAGGGUUGGGCCGAGAGCCAGUCGAUGCACGCCUUCCUGGCGGUGGGAAAGGCCUCCUGCGAGCCACCCAUCUUCCUGGAGUUGAGCUACUACGGCACCUGUGCCGAGGAGCGACCUAUCGUCCUGGUUGGCCAGGGCAUCACCUACGAUGCCGGCGGCUUGUGCCUGAAGAAAAAGCACGAGCUCUUCCACAUGCGCGGCGACAUGACUGGAGCUGCUGUGGUGGUGGCCACAUGUCGGGCAGUCGCUGGACUUCGAUUGCCAGUCAAUAUCCGUGGGCUGAUCCCUCUGUGUGAAAACGUAGUUGGUUGCAACUCCUUCCGGCCGGGUGACAUGGUGAAGUCCAUGAAUGGCAAGACCAUCGAGGUUCAGUGCACGGAUCACGAGGAUGUCUUGGUGCUGGCCGAUGCCCUACUCUAUGCCCAGAACUUCUGUCCCAAGUGCAUCAUUGACAUCGGCACCUGCUCGGGAUAUAUGCGCCAGUCCCUCGACGAAGCUGCAUGCGGUGUCUUCACCAACUCGGAAAUCCUGUGGCAGCAGAUCAAGCACGCCAGUAUGCACACUGGGGAUCGCGUGUGGCGCUUCCCCCUGUGGAACUUCUACAGCAAGGCGGUUCGUGCCGGAGGACGCAGUGAUGUCCAGAACUACGGCAUCGGCCGUGGUGGUCGUCCUUGCAAAGCUGCUGCCUUCCUGCGUGAAUUCGUGCCUUGUGGCCAAUGGAUGCAUAUUGACGCCACCAAUGUGAUGGUUACCAACGGCAUUGAUUUCGAGUACCUGCGUCGUGGAAUGGCUGGCCGACCCACUAGGACUCUAAUCGAAUUCAUUGCACAGACGAUCUGCAAGGACACCGCUCCCAAGAUGGGCAAGUAGGACCAAGUGGAGAGAUCGGGGCAUGAGCAGCUGACCGAAGAUGAGAAAUCCCAACGGCAGUAACAGCGCUAUCACUAUGUCCAUUUUUGGUGAAAUAUUUUGAAGUCUGUGCAGGAUGGAUGUCUUUAGUCAAAAUUUCCAACAACAUUGUUCCUGGGGAAAAAAAUGUUUGUUCGUUUUAAGUAAACAUAUUAAACAUAUAAAUAAA